AUGAAGGGAGAAGCCGGAAGUAUGCGACAGGAGAAGCCCAAACAGGAGGAACGCAUCUGGGGCUCCAUGAAGAAGGCGGCUUUCAUCCUGGGCUCUGGCCUUCUCUUGCUUGUGGCCUUCUCGAACUCGGUCUCAGGGCAACUUCAGAGAUUUUGGGAUGCUUCUGGCUGUUUUCAGCAAGCCCAAUGGGAGAGGCUCCUGUCUACAUUCGAAGGGAAGGAGUGGAUCCUCUACAUUAUAGCUACCAUUCUAGUACCUGCUCUGCUUUUCUGGAGCUUCAACGGGCUUCUGCUGGUGGCUGACACAGCCAGAAAACCGAACUUCAUCUCCCGCUACCGAAUUCAAGUUGGCCAGAAUGAACCAGUGGACGCCACGAAACUACGCCAGUCUAUGCGCACAGUUCUCUUCAACCAGUGCAUGAUAUCUGUCCCCAUGGUGGUCUUCCUCUAUCCCAUCAUCAAGGUGCGGGGAGACCCCUACCACCGAGAGCUACCCACCUUCCACUGGUUCCUUCUGGAGCUGGCUAUCUUCACUCUGAUUAACGAAGUCCUGUUCUACUACUCACACCGGCUCCUUCACCACCCAACAUUGUACAAGAAAAUCCAUAAGAAACACCAUGAGUGGACAGCUCCCAUUGGCGUGAUCUCUUUCUACGCCCACCCUAUCGAGCAUGUGGCCUCCAACAUGCUGCCAGUGGUACUGGGUCCCAUCCUAAUGGGCUCCCACUUGUCCUCCAUUGCCGUGUGGUUUUCCUUGGCCCUCAUCUGCACCACUGUUUCCCACUGUGGCUACCACCUACCUUUCCUGCCUUCACCUGAAUUCCAUGACUACCACCAUCUCAGGUUCAACCAGUGCUACGGGGUGCUGGGGGUGCUGGACCACCUCCAUGGGACUGACACCAUGUUUAAGCAGACCAAGGCCUACGAGAGACACAGACUCCUGCUGGGCUUCACUCCACUAUCUGAGAGCAUCCCGGAUCCCUUGAAGAAGAUGGAUUGA